AUGGAGCGCACCGAGGUGUCUCCCGAAGAAGCCAGCGAAGGCGGAUGGCAGGUCGUCGAGAGCAAAAGCUCUCGUCGGAAGCGCAUGCAAGAGCAAACACCCUCGCAGACACAUGGGGCCAGAUAUGGAAAGAACCGUAAGAAGCGGAACAGGAAGUCCGAUUCAGCCCCCAACAAGGGCCAGAAAGACUCGUUCAACACAGCAAGACCGAUUGAGCCCGUGCCUCCAAAAAGUCGAAGGUCCCAUCACAAGCACAUCUACUCCCCGCUCCAAUGGGAACAACACGACAUCAGGAUCCUGGUCCUGAAGGCUGGAAAGUGGCAGAUGCCUCUGAAAGGUGACCUGCUCCAGCGGCCACUUGCGUGGGCGGAAAAGACGGGAUUUGAGACAAUUUCGUACUGCUGGGGAGAACCGAAUGAUCAGGGCACUAUCAACAUCAAUGGAUACCCUCUGGGGAUUCCAAAUUCGGCAAUUGAGGCUCUUCGACAGUUCAGAUACGAGGAUAAGGACCGUCUUCUUUGGAUCGAUUCGAUUUGCCUCAACCAAUCCGAUGUGAAAGAGCGUGGCCAUGAGGUCGCUCGCAUGCACCAUAUCUAUAGUCGCGGCCGGAAAAAUUUGGUAUAG